CAAACCCCAAAGCUUGUGAAAUUCAUUCUUCAUUUCUUCUCGUCUCUGAUAUCGAACAAUGGUGGCGGACGCAGCGGCGCAACCGAAGCCCCGGUGGUGGGAAUUGGAUGACGACGAUGGCGAGGAUCUCGAUUUUCUGCUGCCCCCAAAGCAGGUAAUCGGCCCGGACCAGAACGGGAUCAAGAAAGUCAUCGAGUAUAAGUUCAACGAGGAGGGUAACAAGGUUAAGAUUACCACCACAACAAAGGUUCGCAAACUUGCUAAUGCCCGACUCAGCAAACGCGCCGUCGAGCGCCGUUCAUGGUCAAAGUUUGGCGACGCUGUUCAUGAAGAUGUUGGUGCCCGCCUCACCAUGGUUUCCACCGAAGAGAUUCUUCUCGAACGCCCUAGAGCCCCAGGCUCCAAACAAGAGGAAUCAAAUGCUCCAGGAGACCUCUUACCUAAAGGAGGGGCUGUUCUCAUGGUGUGUAGGACCUGUGGAAAGAAGGGUGAUCACUGGACAUCAAGGUGUCCUUACAAGGAUCUUGCAAACCCAAGUGAUGUUUUUGUUGAUAAGCCACCUACAGAGGCCCAGCCGCAGGCACCUGGAGGCGGAAAGUCUUCAUAUGUUCCUCCUGGUAUGAGAGCCGGAGCUGCUGAGAGAGGUGGAACUGAUAUGGGGAGACGCAGGCAUGAGGAGAACUCUGUCAGGGUGACUAAUCUUUCAGAGGACACAAGAGAGCCUGAUUUGCUUGAGCUGUUCCGUCCUUUCGGUCCUGUGAGCCGAACCUAUGUUGCUAUUGACCAGAAGACUGGAUACAGCAGGGGCUUUGGUUUUGUGAAUUUUGUGAGCAGGGAAGAUGCUGAGAGAGCCAUCAGCAAACUCAAUGGCUAUGGUUAUGAUAAUCUCAUCCUUAGGGUUGAAUGGGCUGCUCCUCGGGCGAACUAAGUGAUUCCUGAGCUGAGUUUUCUAAUAACUUUCCACCUCUUUGGAUGUGGUUCUGUGGAAGUUCUUUUUAUUGUUCUGGAAUAGAGGAUGUAUAACGUAUAACCAUAUUUGUCAUUUGUAAUUUUGCUUACCCUUGCUGUAUGUACUUCACGGGUGGCAAUUUUGAUUUGUUUUUAUUUUAUUUUGUUUUGUUUCUUUCUUAUUAAAAUGAUGGCUUUAGUAUCUCAAAUUGGAUCUUCAGAUAUCAGUUUUGAGUGAUUAAAAAUAUUAGUGAAAUGUUUUAACUGA